GUAGAUCUGUCACUGUUAUAGAGCACCAGGGCCAGACGGACGGACGGACAGGCAGCAGGUUUUAUGUUACACAGCAGCAGUUCAGUCUCACCUCCAGCAGAGUUGGUCCAGUUCACAGAUGGACUACAGGACUACAGCUACUGAGACUGGAUUUGUUCUGGACCUGGUUUAACGUGGACCAGGUUUAGUCAGCAGUAGGAACCUGGACCAGACUGAUGUGUUUUUCUCUGGAACAGAAGAUGAUGGGGGAAGAAGUGUGUUUCUCUUCUGGAAACUGAACUAGAUCACCACUCUGCUCUGGUUUUUGGUGUUUAAACUGGACUAUCUGCCAUCAGCUGAGCCAGAGCCAUUCUGAGCCAAACCGGACCAAAGCUGAACAUCUGAAGAAACAGGUUUACUCCAGCCCGGUCCAGUUCAGUCCAGAUCAGUACAGUCUAGUUCAUUCCAGUCUGUUCUAGUCAUGCAGUCCUUGACUGAGGAAAUCCAGAGUUUCUCUCGGACACGGCUGAGGAAGCAGUGCACCCGUGUGACAUCACUGAGCGGCCGUCGCAUCAUCGAGACCUGGAAGGGUUCUACGAUCACUGUGGUUGAAGACCCCGUCCCCCCCGAGAGGAUGCUGGGAUAUGUCCCCGACACUUCCUGGGACGUGCAGGUCGGCAUUGUCAAGCCCUACCUGCUGCUUGGUUCUCAAGAUGCUGCACAUGACUUUGGCACUCUGAGGAAACACAAGGUGUCUCACAUCCUGAAUGUGGCCUUCGGGGUGGAGAAUGUGUUUCCUGACCUGUUCAUCUAUAAGACCGUCAGUAUUCUGGAUCAUCCCGACGCUGAUCUGCUGCUUCACAUCCAGGACUGUUGUGACUUCAUCCAGCAGGCUCGCAGUGAGAAAGGCGUGGUGUUGGUCCACUGCAACGCCGGCGUGUCACGGGCACCGGCCGUGGUCAUCGGCUACCUGAUGUCACGUGACGGCCAGUCCUUUGAUGCCGCCCUCUCAUUGGUCAGAUCAGCUCGGCCUGCCUCCUCCCCCAAUCCCGGCUUCCUGGAACAACUGAGGAGCUACAAAACGACGAUGAAUGGAUCCAAACACUGAAGCAGGAGGAGAAACUGUUCAGGGCGGUUACACAGUUCAACAACAAAUAAGUUUGGUUUUAAUGAGAAAACUUUGAAGUCAUUCCAAGAAGUGAAAGAAGUACUGUAUUGAAAAAAUAUUUCAGAUUUUUACAGUGUAGGAUUUUGAAUAGAGCAGAAAGGGUCUGGGUCUGCUCUGGUUUAAUGAUCCAGAAUUUAAAAAAUGAGAAUGUGAGGUUGAUAUAAAAUACUGCACACCACUUAAACUCUUUAAAAUGGUCUUGACAGACCACAUGCUGGAGACGUAAGGAUGAAUCUGUUCUGUCCUCCCGCUGGUGGUCUCUCUCAGAUUUGGUUUUAAGACAAGUUUUGAGACAAAAAUGACAUUAUUUUCUUGUUUGCGUGUUAUUAUUGAUUAUUGACGUCUUCUUUGCGUUUUAGUGCUGUUGUUCUCAUAGUCAUCUCUGUGUUUUGUUAAAUCAGAUUAACGUCCGUGGGGGAAAUUCAUCCUCUGCAUUUGACCCGUCCUCACUGUUUCGGAGCGGUGGGCAGCCACAAACUCCACAAUGUUUUAUUUCUAAACAAAAAAAUGAAUAAAAACUUAAAUGACAGAAGCAGAAAUGUUUGCUGUAACUCUUCAUUAUUGCUUUGAGUGUUAAACCAUCUUUAAAAUACAAGGCUGGUAACGAUCCACAUGUUUAUUAGUGUCAAUAAAUCCCCUUUAAAGACCAAAGCCAAGA